GCGACUAGUACCCACUCGGCGCUCGAACGACGCGCGCGCAUAUGAUACCAGCACCAGAUACCGAUACCGAUACCGAUACCGUAUAAAAAGGCGCGCGCCCUUGGUACCACACAGUUCAGUUCAAACCGGGCCGCACGUCAAACAUUAAAAUGCAUUUCCGUAAUGAUGAAGAUGAUGAUAGCGAGGGGGUUGUUCUGGCUAAAGGGGUGUCCAUGGUUGUCCUUUUCUGUGCUUCCAUGGUCUGCGGAAUCGCUCCCCUGCUGCUGGCGAAGAAGUUCAACUGGGUCUCGGCUGGAGAGGCGAGCAACUUGAAGUCUACGAAUCGGGUAGUGAUGACACUGCUGUCUUUUGGGGGUGGUGUGCUUCUGUCGACCACCUUCAUGCAUCUGAUUCCUGAAGUGGACCAUAAUGUGGAGUAUUUGGAAGCGACCAACCAAAUCACCAGUUUCGAGUUCUCCCUGGCCCACCUCCUGAUGUGCUGCGGCUUCUUCAUCAUGUACCUGGUCGAGGAGUUGGUGCAUCUGUACAUACAUCGACGGGAGAAACGGAAUGCUAAGGCCAUGCCGCUCGUCCGUAACUUGAGUGUGCGCAAAAGCCGAUCCAGCCCAGACACCGCGGGCGAGAAGAGUGUCACCAACUCUACUGCGGACCUCAUCGAACAGGAAAAACGGAAGGACGACGUGGAAGUGAACCAUGGCCACUCCCACCAACACCCUCACACUCACACUCAUAGCCACAUGCCCGUGAACAGUGGCGGCGAUGACGUCACUGCAGCCCUACGAGGGCUUCUCAUCGUGCUCGCCCUUUCCAUCCACGAACUCUUCGAAGGUCUAGCUGUUGGAUUAGAAUCAAGUGCUUCGAACGUGUGGUACAUGUUAGGAGCAAUCUCAGCCCACAAACUCGUCAUCGCCUUCUGCAUCGGCGUAGAGCUAAUCGCAACCCGCACCAAAACUUGGUUGGCGGUUAUCUACAUCACUACCUUCGCCAUCGUGUCGCCAAUGGGCAUAGGCAUCGGAUUAGCGUUGGUCGGCGGACAAGGAGCCACUGCCGCUGGCGUAUACUCAGUGGUUCUGCAAGGCCUGGCUUCGGGAACGCUGCUAUACGUCAUCUUCUUUGAGAUUUGGAAGGGCGACAGAUCGGGGAUAUUGCAAUAUAUCUCUGCCCUUGUUGGAUUCGCGCUGAUGUUUGGACUACAGUUACUUACACCUCAUACUCACUCCCAUGGAGGCGAUGGUCAUACUCACGACAGAAAGUGAAGAUGACGUGAUUUAACUGCUACCAGGAAUUGCCACGUUGAAUUUUAAUGGACAAACUAUCCCUAGUGGAUAAAAUGAUCUAGUUGUCGUAAUGUCGUAUAAUUCAUUAAUUCAUCUAAUAG